AUGGCUGCAUUAUUGGAUGUGCUUGGCGUGCGACGACAUGGCCUUGUCGCGCGGCUCUCGGCGCAGCUGGCUUCCUGGAUGUUGCGCGGUGGCGGUGGUCAGGUGAUCCUGCAAGGGAGCCUCGCCGGGGCUGUCGUCCUGAUUCCCAUCUACCCGCCGAAGAAGCCCUGGCGGCCAUCUGGCGCGCCGCCCGAGCGCAUGCCGGAGGCCGCCUCGCGGGAGUUGGCGCGGCUGAGCCUGGUGGCGCUCUUGGCCACUUGGCGUGCGGGAGGUAUCGCGGCCCCGGUAACCGCAGAGCUUUUGGAGCCGCAGCGUGAUCGCGAGAGGCGGUUGCUGGCACAGCCGGAGUGGAAGCGCUGCGAGAUAUCAGCAGCAUUGCAACAAUGGCAGCCAGAGUUCGUCCUGAGCUUCGGCCCUCUGGAUGAGAUCUUCCUCCUGACGGCCACAAACCGGAGAAGUCCAUGGGCCCUCCGAGUUCCCCACGUCCGCUUGAAGCUUGAGCGGCAAGGCAGAGCUCCACCGAUGCCGAUCCGUGCAGUGGAGUUAAAGAACGACUCCAAGCUGGAUCCUGCGGAGGUCGCUCUGUCCUUUAGUGGAGGUGAGGAGAUCAGCUUUGGGGAUCUGCUCUCUGCGGUCUCAGAUCCUGCUGGAAACAUGCCUUUCAGCAGCGAGGGUGCUGCUGGGAUCAUCAGUCUUCUUCGGAUGGCCCAGGAGCGUUUCCCGAGCACCUCGCGCCCUCGAGAGCGGCCGUGGUGGGAGGACCAGGACCAAUGGCAAGGCCUUGCCGGGCCUUCGGCCUGGCCACCGAAACGUCUGCCAAAGCUGCAGACGAUGUGGGUGGCAGUCGAUGCAGCCGAUCCCAGCCGACAAGGCCGAACUGUUGAUGGUCACAUCUACUAUUGGAACCGCGAAACCAACGAAACCUCUUGGACACGCCCUUGGGGUGGACGACGAUCCGAGCAAGUCAGGACGAGGCUUCCCAACCUGCUCGGCGCCCGAGGCUCUCCUUUCGGUGCCAGACUCAUGCGGAAGGCAGCCGGUGGGAUACUCGGCCGUCGCUCUAGUGACUCUAGUGGUCGUCAGCACCAGAGAGAUCAAGUGAGUUUAGGUUUAGUGCUGGAGUAUAUGGGCACUCGCGGUCGAAUGCCGGCUCGCCAAGCAGUGAUGCAGGAGCAGCCGUGA